GAUCGUAUUUACCACCUUCACAUCAGUUACAUUUAAUUGUCAUUUGUCGGUCGUGCGUUUUUAUAGGUUAUAAACAAACGUGUUAUUUCUGAUAAUUUUAAAAAUGGUUAAAAAAUCGCAAAAACGGAAAUUGCAAGACACCAAAGUUGAAGAAAUAGUUGCGCUUCCAUCAAAACGAUCAUCGGAUGAACCAAUACCGAAGAAAGUGAAAUGGAUUAAUAAACAACGCGUUAUGGUUUUUGCUUCCCGUGGUAUUAGUUUUCGGGAUAGACACUUAAUGGAAGAUUUAAAGAAAUUGAUGCCUCAUCAUAAGCCAGAAUCAAAAAUGGAAAGAUCAAAGACUUUAUCGGUAAUCAAUGAAAUGUGCGAAAUGAAAAACUGCAAUAAAGCGGUCAUGUUUGAAGGUCGAAAAAAGAAGGAUUUGUAUUUAUGGAUGUCUAAUGUUCCGAGUGGUCCUUCCGUUAAAUUUUUUGUGGAAAAUAUUUACACAAUGGCUGAAUUAAAAAUGACUGGAAAUUGUCUACGAGGAUCCCGUCCCUUAUUAUCAUUUGACCCAACUUUUGAAGAAAAGCCCCAUUAUUCCCUUUUAAAAGAAAUUUUAUCACAAAUAUUUUCUGUUCCAAAUCAUCACCCAAAAAGUCAACCAUUCUUUGACCACGUUUACACUUUUACCAUCUUAGACAACAGAAUCUGGUUUAGAAAUUUCCAAAUUUUAUCUGAAGAUGGUGCUCUAGCGGAAAUUGGGCCCCGUUUUGUGUUAAAUCCCGUCAAAAUCUUUUCGGGUAGUUUUGGCGGUGUUGCUUUAUGGGAAAAUCCCAACUAUAUCAGUCCAGCAAAGUUCCGAUUACAAUUUAAAUUGAGCACCAAGAAUCGCUACAUGAACCGGUUACAACAAAAGGUUCAUGCCGAAGCCACAAAACCUAAAGAAAGUUAUAAAUUCCAUCCUUGGCAUGGAGAUACCAGGGAAAUUGCUCAAAAUUUAAUGGAAGUGGAAAAUGCGAAAAAUGAAAAUUGCGAAAACGAAGGGAAAGAGGUUAAAAAUGAUGAUGAUGAAGAUAUUAAAGAGGUAAAACGGGUUAAAAAAGUUGGGAAAAUGACAAUAAAAAAAGAUGGAGUUAAAAAUGGAAAAAUAGUGAAGAAAAAAGGGGUUAUUGUAAAGAAAAAUCGUUUAAAUAUUCGAAAAAAAGUAGGUGUUAAUAAGAAGAAUGCUAAAAAUGUUAAGAAAUAAAUAAGUUGGGUUAAUUAAGAAUAAA